AUGGCUGACCUUCAAAAAGAUCUUGAGCUCCUCCAAACUCAUUUUGCAGCGAUUUCAAAACUCGACAUCCCUGCAAUUAUGGCAACAUUCCACCCAGACAUCGUUAUCGAGGCGCCUUUCACCCCUCAAAUCUUCACAGCAAGUGUACCCAGCCAGAUUGAGGGAAAGGAGGCUGUUGAGAAAUUUUUCACAUCACUCACUGAUUUGGUGGCUCCGUUGGCUUUCUCUGAGCUCAGUAUUGAACCUCUACGAGAACCUGGGGAGUACUUUUGCCGCUUCAAGGGUAAUUCCAAAUGGUUGUCAACAAACAGACCAUAUUGUAACCAAUACGCCUCGCUGCUCAGUGUACGAGAUGGUUUAGUACAUCGCAUGACGGAAUGGUACGACCCAAUCACCAUUAUCAAUGCAGCCGGUGGCAGGGUUGCCCUGGACAGCCAAGAGAGAGAGCACAAUCAUCUUACCAGACCCGGUGUAUUAUCCAUCCUCAACUGA